UAUGUAUCAAACUUCUUUUAUUUUAAUCCUCUGAACAUCGAGAUUUCCAUCUGUCUGCAUCUCCGUGUAACGGGAUCCGAUCAUCGAUCUUCUAGAAUAUAUUUCAAUCGUAGCUGGACAUAAAAUUUGCUGCAGAUCAAUAAAUGCAUCCGUGAACGUACACUUGUGUAACUCGUCUGUGAACCCAUAUUCAGAACGGUACAGGUCUAGCUCUAGCUGAUCUAACUUUAGAAAUUGAGAAUUUUCUAUCCGAUUAGCCUUACCGCGAACUAGUUUACCCUUGAAAGUAACGCGCUUUAUGGUAAUCCAAAUUGUUGGGAUAAUCUCUCGAUAGUAAUGUAUUGGGCCGAACGGACAGAGCGGACAGAGGGACUAUGAAAAGAAUACAACUAUCGUCAGGAUAUGACAUGCCCACUGUGGGUUUAGGCACAUGGCAGGCGAAACCAGAAGAAAUUGAGAAAGCUGUGACAACUGCUUUAAAAGUUGGCUACAGACACAUUGACACUGCAUUUAACUAUAAUAAUGAGGAGGCUAUUGGAGCAGUAUUAAAAGAAUGGUUUGAAAAGGGUGGGAAGCGUGAAGAAUUAUUCAUUACCACAAAGUUACCAAACUUUGGCAACAGGCCAUCGGAUGUAGAGAAGUUUAUUAAUUUAUCAUUGAAAAAGCUGGGUCUGGAUUAUUUGGACAUGUACUUAAUUCAUAUGCCGUUUGCUUUUAAACUAAGUGAAAGUACUUUAACACCAGCAACUAAUGAAGAUGGAAGUUUCCUGUUGGAUUUUGAUACAAAUCCUGUUUUAGUGUGGAAGGAAAUGGAAGAACAAGUAAAGAAAGGUCGUACACGGUCUAUAGGCUUAAGUAAUUUUAACGAAAAACAAAUUCUAGAGGUAUGGGAGAAUGCACAAAUUAAGCCAAGCAACUUGCAGGUAGAGUUACAUGCUUAUCUACAGCAGAAUUCGCUUCGGGAAUUCUGUAAAGCACAUAAUAUCGUGGUAACAGCGUACAGCCCCCUGGGAUCGCCAGGAGCUAAAACGCAUUUUAAAAACAAGUAUAAUCACACUGUGGAAGACUUUCCAGAUCUCCUGGGACUUCCGAUAGUACAAAAUCUGAGCACAGAAUACAAUCGGUCGACGGCACAAAUUUUGUUACGUUACCUAUUGCAAUUGGGAGUCGUAAUAAUUCCAAAAAGUUCGUCUCCCGAAAGAAUCAAGGCGAACAUCGAUUUAUUCGAUUUCGAACUGAAGGAAGAGGAGAUGAAGUUAUUGAGCACUUUAGACAAAGGAAUGCGCGGCAGAAUAUUCAAUUUUCUUUUUUUCAAAGGGGUCGAGAGCCACCCACACUAUCCAUUCAAAGAUGAUCUGCAAUCCUAAUUGAAACGACCGUUGAAAUUGUUUACGUGUAGUUCGUGUAUAUUUAUACCAUUAUUAAAAUUCGGUUGAAACAUGGUUCAAAAUAAAACGAAAGAAACUAAGUGUUUAAAAACGAA